CCAUUGUUCUGACACCCCUUACACGAUAACGCACGAGAAACGGCGAGACCCUGGGACACGCUCAAAAAAGUCCAGUUGGGUCGCUGGGAUCCCCUUUUAGGAUGGUCAAAUCGACGCAGAUCGCAAGGCUUGAUGGCCUAAUGCUGGCAGCGUCGGUGGACGAUGAACAGGCAGAGGCAGAACUCGCUGAAAUUAAAUCUCAGGUUAAAGUGAUCUUCCGUCGCUUGAAUCGCAACUCAGCACCGCAAGCCAGUAUUGAAUCUGGUCAAUACAGUCUCCACUAUCUUAUUAAGGACGAUGUUUGCUUCCUCUGCAUAUGCGACCAUUCAUACCCCCGCAAGCUAGCAUUCACCUAUCUUGCAGACCUUGCCACUGAAUUCACCACAACCUACUCCUCUGCACGCUACCACUCUCCCAAUCUGCGACCAUAUGCAUUUGUGGAGUUUGAUACCUUCAUUCAACGCACGAAGAAACUUUACCAGGACAGUCGCGCAUCACAGAACCUUGACCGGCUAAAUGAUGAGCUCCGAGAUGUCACCAAGGUGAUGACGAAAAAUAUUGAAGAUCUUCUAUACCGCGGAGACAGUUUGGAACGAAUGGGCGAAUUGUCGGGACGUCUGCGGGAAGAUAGUAGGAAGUACCGGAAAGCUGCAGUUCGGAUUAAUUGGGAGUUACUGAUAAAACAAUACGGGCCUUAUGCGGGUGUUGGACUUGUCUUUCUCAUACUUAUCUGGUGGCGUUUCUUCUAAUGUGGGCAGAAAUGUCACCUUUCACGAACCCUUGUAUGAAUAUACCUAAUAUAUCUAUACAUACCGGAUUUUUA